UUCCACACAUGUGCGACCUGUCAAUCACUCUAUUGCGUCGAAAGAAUUUUUCUCUUAUUUUAUUUGAAAAUGCUUCGAAGAGGUAAUAUUUGCGGAAGGGUGAAGUGAAAUGGAGAGUAGAUAGGUAACUCUGAGAUCAGUAGUGUUUGGGCCAUUGAAGGAAGUAGCAGAAAUGAAUAGCGAUUACAAGUGGUGUAUGUUCUUUACGUCUGUGAUAGGACUUUGGCCGUACACAGGCAAGAAACUUCGACUCUUGCAAAAUGGUAUCGUCAGUCUCGUUUUUUCCAUGUUUACAACCGCUCAGGUGUGGGUAAUCAAGUUUGUUUUAAGAACUAUUAAUACAUUAAUGAAAGUUUUAUGCAUGCUUUAACAUUUUUGAAAGAUCACUUAAGGACCUACGGUAUUCAUAGUUUUUAGCUUUCUUCACUACAGAGAGAAAUCUGUUUAGUAUGCUACGAUUAGUAUCGUUUAUGGCGUUGACCAUGGUUGCAUGUACAAGAUACCACAUAGCCGUGUAUCAGACUAAUGAUGUAAAAGGAUUUUUAGAUCAAAUUAGACUUGAUUGGAGGACGAGUAAUGAAGAGAUACUUCAAAUCAUGCAAAUGCACGCUUCUGAUGGAAAACGUUUAGUAAUAAUUUUUGCAGCCUUUGUUUACCCAUCAGGAUGCAUGAUAAUGCUGUAUCAUAUUUCUCCUAUUAUUUUGGACAUAAUUUUACCGUUGAAUGAAUCUCGCCCAGUAAUGUUUCCAGUAGAAACGGACUUUUUGCUUGACGAAGAACAACACCCAAUUCUUAACAAUUUCCUUAUAUAUUUCUCACUAAUAAUCGGCGUAACCAUAUUGGUUGGAACGGAAUCACUAAUGAUUAUGAUCAGCGUGCAUAUCGCUAGUUUAUAUGAAAUUGCUAGGUAA